CAUUGUAGACGUGUUGUAGUCACACACACCGAGAGACUGUGGAAGGCUUCAUUAAACUCAUUCUGCUUUAGUGGAAACCGCAUCAGCGUCAUCAUGCCGACGGUGGUCCUAAUGGACGCGUCUCUGUCCAUGACGCGGCCGGUCUCUCAGGAGCAGUGCACCGAGGAGUUGCAGAGGAAGCACUUAGCUGUGGCCGGACUCACCAUGCUGUUUGAACACAUGGCCAACAACUACAGACUGGAAUUCACCUCUCUAGUGGCCUUCUCUUUCGUCUAUCAGGUGACCACAGGUCUGGCUAACACCAGGGACUACAACACCCUACAGGAAGCCCUGAGCAACCUGGAGGACUAUGACAAGACGUGUCUGGAGUCCGCUUUACACGGAAUCAGCAACGUGGUGCAGCAGGAGUGGGGUCACGCCUGUCCCACACAGGUGGUGUUGGUAACAGACGGGUCUCUGGGGAUCGGUAAAGGCUCUCUGAGACACUCCCUACAGACUCUGAAAGGACGCCCGGAGGAUAAGAAGUUCCCUGCCCUUCCCUUUCCCUGCUUACAGAUGACAGACACGAUGCAUAACCUGGAGCAGCUGCUCCAACUGAACGGAGGCGAUGGACAGAUCUUCACUAUGGACGGCCAGCUCUGUCUGAAGAGCGUCCAGUCCAUGUUCGGGCGUCUGAUAGAUGCGGCCUACUCCCCGUUCCCUGCUGUACUGCGUUGUGGGAACCUGGCUUCUGAUGUCCAGGUGUUCCCCAGACCUGAACCUGUGUUCCUGGAUGAAGAAAUCGACCCUAUGCCCCGACACAUCCUCACAGAUCUGGAGAUCGUUGGUUUCAUAGAGAUAGGAGACAUCUCUAGUCCUCCUGUCAUGUCCAGACACCUGGUCCUGCCCAUCGCUGUCAAUAAAG